AGAGCUGAGGCAAAUACAUCAGACCACGAACUCCACUUAAGCAUCCUGUGUCUCGCUUCCAGGUAGCAGUUCUCUGACUGCUUGGUUCAGCUGAUCCGCCAGCUCAGGGCAGACUCAAGCAGAGAGGAGAGAGAGAAUAUAAUAUGUCAGGAUUGUGUUACCAGGAAGUGGGUCGAGUUAUUUAUAUUUCAACACUCGUCCUCUUGUACCCGAGGGAGAACCAGUGGUGUAGUAACCUGAAACUAUAUAUUCAAACAUUGUCUGGUUCUGGAUGCAUCAAACAAUUGGCUUCAUGUUUGGGAACUCUAAGGACCAAGGAGAGGAGAUCUGUACAUGUAAAUAAUGUGGAGACUGUGUGGAAGGGUAAAGUGACCCUGUGAGGGACUCAACAUUGGCAGAGGUUUUGGGAUGAAGCUCCAUGAGAAGAUUUUGACCCAUUACCUUUCAUGCACCUCUCCUGUAGAUAAAGAGGGAUAUCUCUACAAAAAGAAAGAGAGAAAUGCCACCUACCAGCGCCGGUGGUUUGUCCUGAAGGCAAACCUGCUUUUCUACCAGGAUCGUCCAGCUGACCGACACCUGCUGGGUGUCAUUGUGCUGGAGGGGUGUGCCGUCCGGCGCUUGGAGCCUGAUGGACAGUUUGCUUUUUCCCUGGUGUUUGAAGGGCCAGGACUCAAAACCUACAGAUUUGCAGCAGGGGAUGGUCAGACUCAAGAGAGUUGGGUUAAAGCUUUGCUCUCAGCCAGCCACUGUUACCUCUCCCUGCUGGUGAGAGACUUGGGGAGGCAGUAUGAAGAAGCUAAACAGCAACAAGGCUCUGGUGAAUCCCGUCCCAGCUCCUCUGUCAGUGCUCUCAAACAGUCCACCCCCAACUUCCUCUUACCUGUACAGGGGCCAACAGCAGUGGUCCGGGCGGGGAGAAGCUUCAGUGCCGGGACUGUUUUACAGGCACCAUCAAUACCCAAUAAAGUGGUGGCGAAAAAGUCCCCGAAACUGUGGCCCAGGAGAAAUGCUCACGUCACACCACUUAAUGGACCGGCACCUUUGUAUGGGGAAUGGCCUUUGGUGGAUUUUGAUCCACUUGAGGACUUUAGCAAACUUCAUGAUUAUUAUGGCCAGGAAGUGAAGAAAGCCAGAGAGGAAUGGCUGAGGAGUCGACGAGCAGAAGAGAAACACAGUGAUGGAGAUCUCAUCGACCUGGGGUGAAAGAAAACCUGAGAGUUAGAGACCAUUUAAGAGGAACUGAGACGAAGUGUUUCAUGUAAAAAAGGAACUGAACCUUAAGUAUCUAACUGUAUUUAACAACAGAGAGUUUGAGGCUCAGACACUUGUACAUGUGCUAAAUGUUCCUCCAUUUCAUAUGCUGAGUUUAAAUCAUUUCAGUUAGAUUUGUUUUACAGAAAGCUAUAAUUUUCCUGAGCCAAACAGCCUUAAAGUGUCCAUGGGAUGCAACAAAGAACAAGCAAGGAAGCAAGAGUGCAGGUAUUGCGUUGUCUGCACAUCUGCACCUUUUAGAUACAAAGCAGUGUGUCAGUAGGUCUAUUUCACAGCAUUUUGACUAACGUAACAAUGUCCGUGUUUAAGUAAGUGUCUAAGUAAGCCAUGACAGUGUAACAGUGAGCCAGCAUGCACAAUAACAGGACCCUGAAAGUGAAAUAGCUAAAUGAAAUUCAGCUAUCAUCAAUUGUUACACUUGUGAUUUACAUGCUGUGACAUGAAAAACGGCCAUUCCUUGUUUAUUUACUUCCUUCUAAUCGCAACCUGCCCAUCUGCCACUAAGCGGUUAUUCACGCGGUGCAAUUAUUAAGUUCAUCCAUGGCAUAAAAAGGCUUCAGGAAGCAGUAUUAAGCAAAGAUUAUUCAUUGCAUGAAAACAAUUUAUUGAUCUACCCUAUGAUACAAACACAAACAUGACUUUCAUAUACUAGUUCAGAUCAUAAAGGUUUCAAACAAAAAACUGUUUUUUACUGGAAGAAUUACAAGGACACAUUAAAAUGUCCUCCAUGAAAAAGGACGUUUUUUCUGCUAACCUGCACACCUGCUGCUAAUUGCAGUGAAUAUAUUCCUAUACAGUCCCCUGAGCAGUUUGGUAUUCAAAUGGCAGAGAAAGGUUGUUUGAUGCAGUAUUAA